GCUGCCUGGCUGGCCCUCGGAAAAGUGAAGUCUUCGCUGUCACCGCCGCUUAACUUUCCUCGCUGCUUUUGUUCCACGUCACAGUGCGCCUCCGCGAGAGACGUGUUCCGGGAAUGUUUACGAGAGAUAUAUCCGCAAAGUUCCAUUAGUGGGUUUUUGAGGGGGGACCGGCGUGCGGCUGCCACUACCGGAGAUGGACAAGCUAACUCCUAGCUGACGUGAUAGCCUAAAAGUCAUAGGUCAAGAAUAGGAGCUAUGCUAACAGCUAACUAGCUUAGCAUCCCGUCGGCGAACCGAGGGAUUUUGUCAAAAGGAGCCCGGCCGCUGCUGCGUCUCCCCCGGCGGCCUUGUUGCGACACAGUCGGUCGAAGAAGACCCUGCCUUGAAAACGAGACCAUUCAACCUAAGCGGGUGAUCCGAACAGAAUGCUGUCGAACGCUCAGAACCAGCCGCUCUUCCCCAACCCGGCCGGGCAGCAGAACCCCGCGGGUCAGUUUCUGCCCUUCUUGAGCCGACCCACCUUGCAGAUCAAGAGGAACGCCAUCAUAGACGACUACAAGGUGACCAGUCAGGUUCUGGGGCUGGGCAUCAAUGGCAAGGUGCUGGAAAUCUUCCAGAGGAAGACCGGGGACAAGUACGCCUUAAAGAUGCUGCAGGAUUGUUCCAAAGCACGUAGAGAAGUGGAGCUCCACUGGAGGGCAUCACCCUGUUCCAAUAUUGUACGAAUUAUUGAUGUCUAUGAGAACCUCUAUCAAGGCAGAAAAUGUCUGCUUAUUGUCAUGGAAUGCAUGGAUGGCGGUGAGCUUUUUAGUCGAAUCCAGGACAGAGGCGACCAGGCCUUCACAGAGAGAGAGGCAUCUGACAUCAUGAAGAGCAUCGGCGAGGCGAUCCAGUACCUGCAUGCUGUCAACAUUGCACAUCGAGAUGUCAAGCCAGAAAAUUUACUGUACUCCACUAAGAGGCCCAGCGCUUUGCUCAAACUCACAGACUUUGGCUUUGCCAAGGAGACCACUUCUCACAACUCUCUCGCAACUCCCUGCUACACGCCCUACUAUGUUGCUCCAGAGGUUCUGGGCCCAGAAAAAUAUGACAAAUCAUGCGACAUGUGGUCGUUGGGGGUCAUCAUGUAUAUCCUGCUGUGUGGGUACCCCCCUUUUUAUUCUGACCACGGUCUAGCCAUUUCUCCUGGGAUGAAGAAGAGGAUCAGGAUGGGCCAGUACGAGUUUCCUAAUCCUGAAUGGUCCGACGUAUCAGAAGAAGCCAAACAACUGAUUAAGACCCUCCUGAAGACGGAGCCCACCCAGAGGAUGACCAUCACAGAGUUCAUGAACCAUCCCUGGAUUAAUCAAUCGAUGGAGGUUCCCCAGACGCCGCUCCACACCAGCCGGGUGCUGAAGGAAGAGAAGGACGCCUGGGAGGAUGUGAAGGAGGAAAUGACGAGUGCCUUGGCCACCAUGAGGGUGGACUACGAGCAAAUAAAGAUAAAGACCAUUGAGGACUCGACCAACCCACUGCUAACCAAGAGGAGGAAGAAGGCCAAUAACGCCAUGGCCAAGCCGCAGUCCGCCGCCCACUGAACAAUGUCUGCACAUGCACAGGUUGUAAAAAGGAAGCAAUAAUUUGUCGACACGUGAGUUGCACUGCAUGGAUUUGUCUUUCUUUUCAUGUUUUGUCAGAGUGCUGUUUUUAUUACGCGAGCAUUUAAACAACCCGACAGAGAGGUUCAUGGUCCGCGCUUUUAUGUAAGGGACGUAGUUCUAAUUUCCAACAGGUGAGGAAAAGCUCUCGGAGGUUCCUCUCCUCAGGUUUUGUUCUCAGCACACGGAGCGUAGCACCCUUGAAGGCCAAACUAGUGAAUGUGGAAUCAAAAAGCGUUGAGGAACGCUCGAUGUAUGCAGACGUAUCUGGAGCUGACAAGCGGAAUGUAACGACUCACUCAUGUGCUAUCUCACCUGCCUUGAAUAAGGUCGCCGAGAAGGUAGCACCUUCACCUGGUAGCGUAAAAGAGACCCAACUGUAUUUUUUCACAGAUUUUAAUAGCAUUUUAGCACAGGCCUCUUUUUUUAUACAAAUGACUUUAAAAAACCCUUUCCCAGAAUGAUGUUUUGUUGCCAGAUGUCAGGCUAAUGCUAUGCAGACUGUGUGUUAGCUUCAAGUACUGCUUGGACCUAUUUUUUUUUUGGUUGGUAUUGGCAUGUUUGCUCCGUGUAUUUGAGAGAUGGGUGCUGCAUGUGUUCAUGUGGGCAGAAGAACCCUCAAGUUCUUAUGCUCUCGGUGAGAAGAACUUUGAACCAGAAGGACUAAUGGUUCCCGGUCGGUGUUCUGCACAUUUUUCCUCGACAACAGCGCCUCCCGGACUAAUCCGAAGUAGAAAGUACUAAAGAGCUUCAUGCGAGGCCCCGUGAAGCACCACCAGCAAGCUGUCGUCACAAUCCCAGGAUGUGGGCGACGGUUCUUCUCUGUAUUCAGGACCUUCCCGCUCAUUGCAACCAUUUUGUUCCUUCAAUCGGCCACGUGUUCACCCACAAAUCGCACUGUAAAAAUAAUGUUUGAAUGUCUCUGAUCAUGUUUUCUUCCUUGUCCCUCCGAGCACAUUUUAGUAGCAGAUGUCUUUUUUUCUGUUCAGUCAUCUGCAGCUGCCACAUCUUGUCUGCUCGCUCUUAAUUAAAAAAACAAAUAUGCAAAACAA